AUGACCUUCGAUCAGCACGCCGCGGAGCAGCUGGCCAUGGAGGCAGCUGAGGCCAUGCAGGAGGUGGCCCGACGCUUCACCAAGGGCUUGCAGGACCUGGUGAAUCAAGCCGCCGCAGAGGCAGCACGAGAACGUCAACGACUUCAGGAGGAGUCCACAGCGCUGGCGCGCGAACGACAACGUCUCGAAGAGGCAUGGCAGCAUCUGAAUGUGGAACGCGCAAGGAUUGAGGCUGGUCCAGUGUCUUCGGGGCACAAACCAUCACUGUACCCAUCGCCACGGGAGUCGCAAGAGGAGGCGACGCUGACCCGAAGUCCGGUGCCAAUGCCGCAAGGUCUGGUGCCCAGUAACUACAUCGUCACCGUGGGAGAUCGUGCCUACACGGUCUUGCCCUUGAAGGAGCCAGAAGCCAUGUCCUUGGGACACGAACUGUGGAACCAUGUGGUGGAAGUGCCAGAGGGCUGGGAGGUCUUGUCCAGCCAGAUGGAGAAUUUUCAUCAGGUGAUGUCCGUCCUAGGUCAGCAUCGUUGGGGUGCCAUGGUGCUAGGCGUUCGCAAUGCCAGGAGGGGCUUCGAUGCCUAUUGGACGCCACUGUUCGGGGAUGGCAGUUUCGCGGCUCAGCUCUGCGAGGCCGAUGUGGAUUGGAUCGAGCCAGCGGGGCAAGAGGCACCACACAGUGGGCAGCAGGAGCUGCGGCGCUUCCGGAUGACCUACAGCGGCCUGCGGCUCGUGAUUCGCAAGGCGCAUGUGUCGAUGAUGACUUCGGUGAAACAUGUGGCCUCGGGUGCGAUUUCAACGCCACGGAUGGCUGGACCCAUGCAGGUCACAGCGGUGCUGGGGCUGCAGCUGGAGGGUUUUCGUUGA